AUGCCACCUCGGGAGCGGCGCCUGCUGGCGGUUUCGGACACCUGUGCCUUCUUCCAACACACCCCUGUCACGCCUCCUGUCGCGCCUCCUGUCACUUCGCAAGAAGUCGAAAAGGGCGCGUUUCCCCAGGCAGCUCCCUCUGGUAAUGCGGCUGCUACUCCCGGCGUAACAGCAGAAAACUUAGCGGGCGGGUUUGGUCUUCCGCAGCAACCAGCUCCGCAACGUGCGGCAGUGGGAACAUCCCCGUCCGCGGAAGGGAACGCUUUUGCGAAUGCUGCACCGCAGAACGCUUUUGGUGGGCAAUCCCAGAACGGUUUCGGGCAGCAGCAGCAGCAGCCACAGCCCCAACAGGGUGCCUUCGGCAAGCCCCUGCCCAGAGCGCUUUUGGACAGCAGCAGCCGCAGCCUAGUGCCUUUGGACAAUCUGCGCAGGCACCGCCACCGCAGCAGUCUGGUUUUGCCUCCGCUCCUCAAAGUUCUUUUGGCAAGGCGCCAGCCACGCAGAGUGUCGCAGAGCGCCUUUGGACAGCCGCAGCAGGCACAAAGCGGGUUUGCUCCGCCUGCACCGCAGCAGAGCGCGUUUGCCGCAGCCCCUCAAGGUGGAUUUGCUAAAGGUCCAGCCGUUCAGAGCGCCUUUGGCCAACCGCAGCAGCAGCAGCAAAGCGGCUUUGGUUCUGUCCCGCAAAACGCGUUUGGUCAGCCGUCCCAGCAGAGCGCCUUUGGACAGCCGCAGCAGGCACAAAGCGGAUUCGCUCCGCCUGCACCGCAGCAGAGCGCGUUUGCCGCAGCCCCUCAAGGUGGAUUUGCUAAAGGUCCAGCCGUUCAGAGCGCCUUUGGCCAACCGCAGCAGCAGCAGCAAAGCGGCUUUGGUUCUGUCCCGCAAAACGCGUUUGGUCAGCCGUCCCAGCAGAGCGCCUUUGGACAGCCGCAGCAGGCACAAAGCGGAUUCGCUCCGCCUGCACCGCAGCAGAGCGCGUUUGCCGCAGCCCCUCAAGGUGGAUUUGCCAAAGGUCCAGCCGCUCAGAGCGCCUUUGGCCAACCACAGCAGCAGCAGCAAAGCGGCUUUGGUUCUGUCCCGCAAAACGCAUUCUCGUCUGCCCCAGGCGGUUCUGCCUUUCAGAAAUCGUCGAUCUCUUCUUUAGCCGGUAACUACGCCCAACCCACCCAGCACACUGGAGUUUUUGGCUCCCAUUGA